AUGAUGUCGUCCGAUUAUGUAAAUUUUUUACAAGAUUUAAAAGCAAAUAUUCCUAAAAUACCAAAUGCACAUUCACCUUUACAAUAUAUAAUAGAAAAUGAAUUAAUAUCAUCUGAUGGUUUAAUCAUUGGAUGUGGUGUUGAAACAGCUGUAACUACAAAUUAUAUAGCUAAAAAUAUUAAUUCUAAUCGUAUUGUAUAUGGAUUUGAUAGUUUCGAAGGUUUGCCAGAAGAUUGGACACCACGUCCAAUAAAAAAAAGGUGA